UUUGCUUGUGAUACAUGCCAUCAUUGCAUUGGAACGUCUGGAUGUGAAACAGCGGCGUCUUGGGGUAAGACUACGUAGUGAUCGGAAGCGAUCCCAUUCUUUUAUUACUUAUUGGCGGCGCAUUUUGGUUUGUCCACGCCUCACUCAAACUCGUCUUCUCAGCGCCUCCGCAUUCUGUUCACGAGCGACAAUACACUUUCAUAUUCUCGCACCAGAGUUCAACUUGGCCAGUCAUUUGCUCUAUAUAGGCCUGCGUUCAUGGCCUACGCCAAAAGAUGAACUCCCUCAACAUCCUCUCGUCCCGCGUCAUCGGCCAGACUACGCCGUCGUCCUCCCGAUCGCCCUCUCGAUCCCGUUCCCGUUCCCACUCCCAAGGCCCCACGCUCACUGGCAGAAGUGCUCUAGCAGGGAAUAGGUCCUAUAGCGAAGGAAAUCUACAUGAUAUCGGAGCACUUGAAGGGUCAACGGAAGAGGAAAAUAAUAGUAGUGACCAACCUAAUGACGUUGCACCGACCAUGGGAGACGUCGAGGAGAAGGCCCCUCUGUUGCAUGGCCUGCAGAAGGACGGAAAGACAUUACGAGCAAGCGAAUUGCACGCAAUAGCCCAGCAGCUAGUUGAAGCCCUUGCGGAAACCUUGUCAUCUAUAUUAUACACUCUUGCAUCACCGGCUAUAUAUCUCGUGCGAACUUUUCGCGAUGAUAAUGGCCGGUAUUCCCCUCUUAACCCUGUCCGACGGAUGCGAUUGUCUGGCUCAGAGUCCAGAAAAGACGUAAUGGCGCUCGAAGCUUCAGGAAAAACAACGAGAAGGUCAAGAUCCGGUUCCGUGAGGAGCAACGUUGGUUACAGAAAUCUGAGGACCUCUCCGUCCAGGGAGUCAAUGUCUUCCAUGUCGUCCAACGCCUCCGAGUCCGAUAUCGAUCGAACACCAACCAAGGCGGGCCGCCGGCACUCAAGGUCAAAAUCGGAACAGAUACCCAGCAUUGGAAACGAAGUGACGCCUAGACGUUCAAUUCGAAUCCAGAUACAAAACGGUCGAAAAGGCACAGGAGAUAAGGCGCAUAGAAGGCGAAGUAGCGAAUUAAGGGAUACUGCUACCAACGUUGCUGCUGAAAGCCUAAAGUCGCCGAUAUCUCCCUCAAUCCAUCGACUCACCAAAUAUCCCCACGCUCCCGCUCCACCGCGACCACUGAUUCCACCUCGACAGCCGUCUUACGCGCCCGGCUCAGGAAGGCCUAGAUUCCCUCAGAAGACUUUAAUCCUUGACCUCGACGAAACCCUCAUCCACUCUCUGGCCAAGGGUGGUCGCAUGUCUAGCGGCCACAUGGUUGAAGUGCGGCUCUCCACGCCCAUGACUACAUCCACCGCACCUGGUGGAGCAUCCACUACCCUGGGCCCGCAGCAUCCUAUUCUCUACUAUGUCCACAAACGACCGCACUGCGACGUAUUCCUGCGCAAGGUUUGCAAAUGGUACAAGCUUGUGGUCUUCACAGCGAGCGUGCAAGAAUAUGCCGAUCCAGUGAUCGACUGGCUGGAGCAGGAGCGGAAGUUUUUCCAUAGUCGGUACUAUCGGCAGCACUGUACGUUGAGAAACGGGGCGUACAUCAAAGACUUGAGUUCGGUAGAACCAGAUUUGAGUAAGGUCAUGAUCUUGGAUAAUAGUCCAAUGAGCUAUAUAUUCCAUGAAGACAAUGCCAUCCCGAUUGAAGGAUGGAUUAAUGAUCCGACGGACAAUGACUUGCUACAUCUCAUUCCAUUGCUGGAAGCAAUGCAGUAUGUGACCGAUGUACGAGCAUUGCUUGCCCUUCGACGCGGUGAAGCUAUGACAUAGAAAACCCUGGCAGUAUGCUUGGUAAAUGUUAAUUGUGUGAAGUUGUAUAUACAUAACUCAACAGUUCCUCUUUUUUUUUUUUGACUUUUCUGUGUCUUCCUGUUUCAUCGUACCACCCAAGCAUUGAGCGUGCAUUUUCAUUUAUAUAUCUCUGCCUGUUGUCUGCAGGGGUUCUAUUAUCUCUUUGAAUGGGUUUUGACGCUUUUUCCCCCUUGUUCUAUGAUACACCUUUUAAUAGCUUGCCAGCCAUGGUUUUCUCUCGUCUCUGACGCCCACUUUAUUAAUGGGUUGAAACACGCACUCCUCCCUACCGUCUUCAUGAGAGCGUGUAGCCGAGUUAUCCGAUUUGCAUACCCAUUUAGAGUAAUUUGCUUUGGAUCACCCUUGUCCUGCACAGCUGAAGAAGAAAAAAGUGUACUGUUAGUACUGUAUAAUACGCAAGCCGGAUGGUCAGGAAAUUAUAUGUCUUUGUUCUAUCCUUGUGCGUCGAGAACCCGAAAAUCUAUGUACAUACAUACAAGAGAAUUAUUUCAAAAUCUCUCCACUUCUAGG